CUUUGAAAUAAACUUAAUACUUUCAUCUGUGCUGAUGCCUUUCAUACACCACUUCUCAUUUGGUUCGAUUUUCUUCAUCUUCCAUUUAUAAAGUCAAUAUGCAAUCAUUGUUGAGACCUGUUUUGAUGCCGAUGCGUUUUCAAUAUCGCUGCAUUGCUACUAAUAAUGUGAUGCCUGCUUUGCAAUCCGAGAUACGAAAAAAACUAAUGGAAUCCAUGAGAAAUAAAGACAAGAAACAGACUAGUACUAUAAAGUUAUUUUUAUCUGAAAUUGAAAUUGCCAACAAAUCUAGUCGUCCUGUCACGAAUGAUUCAGAAGUUAUUCGACUUUUGAACAAGAGCAUCAAGAAGAAAAAGCAGGCUAUAGAACAGUUUCUGUCAGCAAACAGAACAGAUCUUUCUGAUAAAGAAAAGGAUGAAGUUGCAAUCUUGCAAAACUUUCUUCCCCGGGAAGCAUAAAUAUCAUCGAUCAUUUGACCUUUUUAUUUGUUGCUUUUCUCGUAAAAAUAAAUUAAUCCCCUCUUAUGGAGCUUGUCACUAUGAUUGCUCUUUGCAAUAGCAUCUAGCAUCUCAAAAUGAAUUUGCUUUCUUCAUCUAACCUCUCUUGACUCUAUAAACAUAUUAGGAAAUAAGUGUAUUACACUUUGUUCUACCGUUACUCUUGCCUUAAAAUCAUUAGUCUGUCUUUCUGGCUUGCUGAAUAAAUAUAUGUACAAAUUUACUUCCGUCACAGGCACCUGUUCUAUUACUGGAUAAAGCACAUCCGGAAAUGAAUUCAAGCAUAUUCAGUAGCUUUUAAAUAAUUAAAAAGGUCUGCUCGUUGUUUUCGUUACUUGCGGGUUUAUUAGCACACAAAAAUGAACCAAAGCAAUCAUGAACGUUGAAAUAAUCAUUCAAAGUUUUUAUAUUAGAAGAUACUUCCAAGAAACAAAUAAUUAAAUUAUAAUCUGUACUGAUGGCUGA